AUGGAGGACGGCGUUAACGAAAUCAGCAAAAUCGAAUCGCUGUGUCCGAACUGCGAGAAGAAUGGAACCACCAUUCUGUAUCCAAAAGAGAUUCCGUUCUAUCGCACGGUGCUUAUCAGUUCUUUCAGCUGCCCGCACUGCCAUCUACAGAACAACACCGUUGAGAGCAUUGCGCCGCUGCAGCCGUUCGGCAAAGAUCUCACGCUGCGGCUGCUGACCGCGGCUGACUUGGACCGACACCUCGUGAUCUCGGAGUACUGCACUUUUCGCAUUGCGCAGCUGCAGUUCGAAAUGCCGCCGUGCAACCGGCGCACACACUUCAGCACUGUCGAGGGAACAAUUCUCAAAGUGGCCGAAAACCUCGAGGAAAAGAUAGCGCAGGACGCGAAGCUGCUGCCUGCGGAACGCGAGCAGCUCGCGGCGUUCGUUGCAAAACUGAAACAGCUGUUAGACCGCGAGCACUUCUCUCCCUUCGAAGUCGAGCUCUCCGACCCUUCCGGAAACUCGUACGUAGAGAAUUACUUGGCGCCGGAAAGCGAUCCGCAAAUCGUCUCACGCAAUUACAAAGACUUGCAGCGCGACUUUCUGAAGAGCGAGUACGCCUCGGUCGCGAUUCCCGAAUUGCAGCUCACUCUAGAGGAGGGCAGCUUGGGCGGCAUGUACACGACCGUCGAAGGCUUGCUGAAGAAGCUCGCCGAGGAGAUCACAGAAAAGUUCCCGUUCUUCGGCGACUCAGUCGAGGAAGUGCGCAAGCAGCGCAUUCAGCAGCUCGUUGCGGGGUUGCAGCAGUUUAGCGAGGGAAAGAACUUACCGUUCACGUUGGUUCUCGACGAUCCCGUCGACCACUCGCACAUAGGCGCGCGCGAAAGCGAAUUGCUUUUUUACAGCGUGAAAAAACAGUUGGAGCUCGACUGGCCAGCGGCGUGCACUGGAUAA